AUUGCUCAAGCAUGUAGGGAGGUAGAUAAGGGAAUGCAGGGUGACGUAUCUCAGUUUACACUCCACUCUAGAUUCUCCCACAGGUGAAGGAGCAGCUAAACAUUACUAUGAAGAGGCCAAGGUGUGUGCUGCAGGGCCUGUGUGUUGCUCUGUGUGUGAGACUCUGUGUGAGAGCUUAUGAAGAAGGAUCUCAGUUAGUGUCAAGGGGCACUACAGCGUGUAAAGAUCUGAAAGUAGAUCACCCUACACGUGCUGGAACUUCUGCUCAGAUGUCACCUCCACCCUACAUCAUCACAGUCAGCCAGACCUCUCACCAGCCUGGAGACACCAUUACAGUGACCAUCUCUGGGUUCCGGCUGAGAGGAUUCCUGUUGCUGGCUCAGCUGGUGGGUGGGGAUUUUGCUGUUGGUACCUUCGCUCUCACUGAUGCUACAGAAACUCAACUGCUGGCCUGCAACGGAGCAAACUCUGCUGUAACUCAACAACGAGACAAAACCCUGUCCCAAGUCAAUGUCAUCUGGACCUCCCCUAUGUCUCAGCCAAUAGGAGACAUUGUGUUCAAAGCCACCGUUGUGCAGACAUUUCCCAUUUUCUGGGAGGCGAUUCCGAGUGCAACUGUCAAAGGACCUGUAGUAAUGACCUCAACUGCCCCUCCUCCAACUACAACUGCCCCUCCCACAACUACAGCUGUCCUUCCCACCACGACAACUGCCCUUCCCACAACUACCCCUCCCACAACUACAACUGCCCUUCCCACCACUACAACUGCCCUUCCCACAACUACAACUGUCCUUCCCACAACUACCCCUCCCACAACUACAACUGCCCCUCCCACAACUACAGCUGCCCCUCCCACAACGACAACUGCCCCUCCCACAACUACAACUGCCCUUCCCACCACUACAACUGCCCUUCCCACAACUACCCUUCCCACCACUACAACUGCCCUUCCCACAACUACAACUGUCCUUCCCACAACUACCCCUCCCACAACUACAACUGCCCCUCCCACAACUACAGCUGCCCCUCCCACAACGACAACUGCCCCUCCCACAACUACAACUGCCCUUCCCACCACUACAACUGCCCUUCCCACAACUACCCCUCCCACAACUACAACUGCCCCUCCCACAACUACAACUGCCCAUCCCACAACAACAGCUGCCCUUCCCACCACGACAACUGCCCUUCCCACAACUACCCCUCCCACAACUACAACUGCCCUUCCCACCACUACAACUGCCCUUCCCACAACUACAACUGCCCUUCCCACAACAACUGCCCCUCCCACAACUACAGCUGCCCUUCCCACAACGACAACUGCCCCUCCCACAACUACAACUGCCCCUCCCACAACUACAACUGCCCUUCCCACAACUACAACUGCCCCUGCCACAACUACAACUGCCCCUCCCACAACUACAACUGCCCCUCCCACAACUACAGCUGCCCUUCCCUCAACAACAACUGCCCCUCCCACAACUACAACUGCCCUUCCCACAACUACCCCUCCCACAACUACAACUGCUCCUCCCGCAAUGACAACUGCCCCUCCCACAACUACAACUACCCCUCCUACAACUACAACUGCCCCUCCCACAAGUACAGCUGCCCUUCCCACAACUACCCUUCUCACAGCUAAAACUGCCCCUCCCACAACGACAACUGCCCCUCCCACAACUACAACUGCCCUUCCCACCACUACAACUGCCCUUCCCACCACUACAACUACCCCUCCCACCACUACAACUGCCCCUCCCACAACUACAACUGCCCUUCCCACAACUACAACUGCCCCUCCCACAACUACACCUGCCCUUCCCACAACUAAAACUGCCCCUCCCACAACUACAGCUGCCCCUCCCACAACUACAACUGCCCCUCCCACAACUACAGCUGCCCUUCCCACAAGUACAGCUGCCCUUCCCACAACGACAACUGCCCAUCCCACAACUACCCCUCCCACAACUACAACUGCUCCUCCCACAACUACAGCUGCCCCUCCCACAACUACAACUGCCCCUCCCACAACUACAACUGCCCCUCCCACAAGUACAGCUGCCCUUCCCACCACUACAACUGCCUUUCCCACAACUACCCCUCCCACAACUACAACUGCCCCUCCCACAACUACAACUGCCCUUCCCACAACUACCCCUCCCACAACUACAACUACCCCUCCCACAACAACAACUGCCCCUCCAACAACUACAACUGCCCUUCCCACAACUACCCCUCCCACAACUACAACUGCUCCUCCCGCAAUGACAACUGCCCCUCCCACAACUACAACUACCCCUCCUACAACUACAACUGCCCCUCCCACAAGCACAGCUGCCCUUCCCACAACUACCCCUCUCACAGCUAAAACUGCCCCUCCCACAACGACAACUGCCCCUCCCACAACGACAACUGCCCCUCCCACAACUACAACUGCCCUUUACACCACUACAACUGCCCCUCCCACAACUACAGCUGCCCUUCCCACCACUACAACUGCCCUUCCCACAACUACCCCUCCCACAAUUAAAACUGCCCCUCCCACAACUACAGCUGCCCUUCACACAACUACAACUGCCCCUCCCACAACUACAACUGCCCCUCCCACAACUACAACUGCCCUUUCCACCACUACAACUGCUCCUCCCACAACUACAACUGCCCUUCCCACAACUACAACUGCCCCUCCCACAACUACAACUUCCCUUCCCACAACUACCCCUCCGACAACUACAACUGCCCCUCCCACAACUACACCUGCCCUUCCCACAACUAAAACUGCCCCUCCCACAACUACAGCUGCCCCUCCCACAACUACAACUGCCCUUCACACCACUACAACUGCCCCUCCCACAACAAUUGCCAAUCCAAACAUUAGCAUGGCUGGCUGUGGGAGUACCUUUGACUGUGUCUCCAAUCCCCCGGACUGUGACAUCGAGAACAUGCCCUGUGAAUUUGCAAAAAUACCCAAAUCAAAUGAAACCAAAAUGCAAGGCAGAAUCCAAAUGAGAGGGGAGACAGUAGGAUACUUUGCAGUGGGAAAUCUACCCAACACACGCAUGACCAGCAGCAAUGCAAUUGCUUGUGCCCAAAACACAAAUGGAACCUUUAGUGUUUUUCAUCUCCAGUUCAACAUGUUUUCUGUCCUCAUCCUUCAGACAGUAGGUACAGAUGUGUUGGGGUCACUGAAUGCAGCUGUUCUACGCUGUACAUUCCUCAUCAGAAAUACAGAAAUCCUUCCUCAGCUCACCAAUAGAUCAGCUGUGUUUUUUGCCACUGGGACCUUCGAAGGAGGUAAACUUGGUCCUCCGAAUGUGACCCUGCUAGCCAGCCCAGGAGCCUCUGCCACUCCUGCUACCAUCACUGGGGGUGUGUCCGCUGGAUCCAGUCUUGCUGCAGGCACACAUAUUGAAGGCCUAACGGUGCUCACAGUCAGCCUGGCUCUCAGGAUGCUCUGGACUCCACACUGAAGAGGCUGCUCAUCCAUAGCUCUCAGCUCCGCUUGUUAGGUCUGCUACUCAUUUAUAGCUCUGAGCUUGUAUAUAAGUUAUAUAUAAGUAUAAUAACUGUACAAUGACAUCAUGUGUCAUUUAACAGCUGAGCCACUGUGGGAAUCAAUUGCCAAUCAAAUAAAUUCUGCUUAUUUAGUACAUUUUUGUAUCAUUACUGUAAAAAGACACUUUUUUGAGUCAUGUUGAUGCUAUGUUCAGAGUUUAUUUUAUUUAUUUACAAGCAGGCCAUAACGCCAGGGCCCAUUCUGACAGUACAGGCUGAGCCCUGAUGCUGCUCUUUUUGCAGGACUGUCACACAUGCGCUGCACUGAUCACAAGGCAAUUUCAGCAGCACACACAAAAAUAAAUGAAUUUAACAUUUGAAUGAUCAUUUAUUAUUAACAGCAGGUGGAUAUA